AUGGGUCGUCUUCACUCCAAGGGAAAGGGCAUUUCGUCCUCCGCCAUCCCCUACUCGCGCACUCCUGCUCCCUGGGUGAAAACCACCCCCGAGCAGGUUGUUGACCAGAUCUGCAAGCUCGCCAGAAAGGGUGCUACCCCCUCUCAGAUCGGUGUUGUCCUCCGUGACAGCCACGGUGUUGCCCAGGUCAAGACUGUCACUGGUAACAAGAUCCUCCGUAUUCUCAAGUCCAGCGGCCUCGCCCCCGAGCUCCCCGAGGAUCUGUACCACCUUAUCAAGAAGGCUGUUGCCGUCCGCAAGCACCUCGAGCGUAACCGCAAGGACAAGGACAGCAAGUUCCGCCUGAUUCUGAUCGAGUCUCGUAUCCACCGUCUGUCCCGCUACUACAAGUCCGUCGGUGUCCUCCCCCCCACCUGGAGAUACGAGUCCGCCACCGCCAGCACCCUGGUCGCCUAA